UUUCGGCUGCUCCCACUACAGAUCACCUGCCUCCAACUCACCCUACCCUCUCCGUGUCCUUUCCCCAUAAACCUCCUCUGUGAGCUUUCUCUUUUCCUAGUUCCAUAUUCAACAUCCUUUUUUCAUUAUAUCCACUAUCCCUGCUCUACUCAUCUCGACUUUGCCUCUCUAACUUUAGAAUUCUUGAUAUUCAAUGGAAAAGCCUCCAUGUAUCUAUUUUAUAAACCACUUAUCCAGUUCAUGAUGAGGGCUGGAGCUGACUCAGGGCCAGAUGCAGAGUAUACACUGUGCAAGUUGCCAGUCCUUCACAGGGCUGGAAAGCCCCAGUUAGUGCUGUGUUUUUAAAUAGUCUAAAACAAGGUUAGGCAAUUAAUUUUCCUGUGGACCACAUGGAAAACUGGGACUGUUGUGGAAGGCCGGACACCAGUAAGCUGAACUCAGUUCUGAUCAGUUUUAAUUUAUUUAUGAAAAUUUAUCUUGUGAGAUAGAAAUGAUAACUGAGCCGAGCACCUGUGGUCUAAAAGCUUAGGGGUAUUAUCAGUGCAAGGAUCUGCAGCUAUACGUGUCUGUUUUCUUUUACAAACAAACUGAAUUGAAAUGUAAGGGGUUAGAAAUGUCAAAUAUCACAAAAACGUUCUAAUAUUUCAAGCUUUUAUUGAAGUACUCAGGUAGAUGGAUCUGUGCUCGUAUUUCUCCUCUGACACGUUUAUUUCAGAAAAAUAUGUCUGAUGUAAACGUCUCAAAACUGUAGUUUGAGGAGUGAUAUGCACUUUAAAUCCGGAUAGAGUUUAUCAGCGACACCCACAUUAAUUUGAUCUAUUUUAAUAUCCCGACACAUACUGGUUACAAUACUCUCCAGCUUCCUUUGUAAUGCUUCAAAAGAUAUGUAGGUCAUAACAUGUCAGUCAUACAUAAUAAUCUACUGCCUGUGUGUGCUGCGGUAACUGAUAAAUCCCUGGGUGUGACCUUUCCCAUCUGAAACCUGAGCUCCUCAGGCUGCCCAAACUGGCUGCUGUUCAAAUGACCAAAUUCCACCCGUCUUUAUGUGUAGAUGUGUCGUCCAUAGACUUGCAUUCAUAAUUCACGCCGAUCGUAUGGAUCUACCCGACCUUACAGCUUCAUUACUGUGGAAAUCUGUAUGGUAAUCAAAACCAGGAUCAGGAGGGCAACAGAACAGCAUAGGUCAAAUUUCUCUGCUGAUAAUCAGAUCAUGAUCAAUCCUUCCCUGCAGCGAUCGUUUAUAGCGAUCAGUUAUGCUACUGAUGUUUGAGUUUAUCACCACAGUUAAAAUUCUGUCAGUUUGAGCCAGGUGAGCAAAACACGGCGUGUUUCUUUAGUCAGCUGUUUGUGUUGUGGCUGGUGAAAUCCAAUCUGUCAUCAGAGCUUUAUACUUCUCUCUUUAUCAACAUGAAACUAGCCCGCUUGGGUUGCCAGGCGACCAGUCACAAAAAACACAAAAAAACCUUGCAUGGCGCCUGAAUUUGAUUGGUGUUCGUCUCAUCUGUCACAGCAGCCAAUAGCAGCUGCAGAGAGGAGGACAGCGAGGAAGUGGCCAGGUGACAGUGAAAGAGGAGUUACUUGUUAAUACGGAUGGUAUAAAGAUGAGUUGCCAUAAAUAAAGCAGACAUGAGCACCUGUGUGUAGCGUUAAUUCAAAUGCAGUUCAGAUUACAAGCGACUGUUGCACGUUUUUACACAACACCCCUCCAGCUCGCUACUUGAAUAAGACGGGACGUGGAAGGAGGGGGAGGAUGUUAUCAGAACAUGAGUUUCUCAAAGCUCUGUGCUCAUGUACACAGAAUAGAUCAAGGUGGAAAUGUACAACCUUUUACAUUUGUAUAGCACUGACAACCUGCACACCCUGUGUUCAGGGAAACAUUUGCAAUUAUGUUUGCACAUGUAAACUGCAAAGAUCAUAAAGACAUUUUAGAUUUCUUUUUCACUUUUGAACAUUUAUUAAGCGGUCUUUGGUCUAAUUUAAUUAAAUACUUGUGGAAUUUAUAUUAUUUUAUUUACCUUUUAGACAGUAGUUCCAACUUUCUGAAAAACUAGUUUGUAUUGGUGUGUUUGUGUGGCAAGGUUAUAGGAGCCAUCCUACCAGCACAGGAUGACAAUGGACCUCUGGCUCUGCAAAAGAAACCCUCUGAAAUAUGAAUGAGGAAAUCCACACCUGUUUCCAGGUAACCAAGGCAGUACCGUGACGCUGACAAUUAGUGUGUGUGUGUGUGUAUACCUGCGUAGGCGGAUGCACAAGCAGCGCAACUUCCUAGCUUUACCUGUUCAGACACUCUGUGGGGAUGAAAGCAGCUGUCAGCCCUGCUGGCUUAAUGAGACAGACAUAAUCUGACCAGGAGAAGCAGCAUGACAAAGUUUGGGCCUCAGCUCUGAACAAGCUCCCUGCAUUUAUAAUCUGCUGAGAACGUUACGCAUGGAAACAGGCCAAAGUCGGCCCAACUGAGCUGAAGGUGGACGUGGAGACUUGGUGGAGGGUGGAGCGCAGAGGCAUCUUCACAGGUCUUGCCCUCAAGUGUUGAGCAUCUAUUUCUGCAAGUAUGAAUCCAAUGUGGAAGGUUUAUAAAAGCAAAGUGCUGAAGACUAUUAAUCCCGAAUAUGAGGAGGACACUGCCGAGGAGGUCACAGAGGUGGAGAACGAUAUGAGUCCAGUGCAGGAGGAGGAGGGGCCCAAUGCUGUCUCCCAGCUGGCCAGGAAAAUGCAGGGGGCAGGAGCUAAAAGCUGGAAUCGGCUAUCAGCGAUCUUCAACAAAGAUGAUGAACACCAGCUCCUAGAGGAGACUGAGUGCCCCCCUGUCGCUGACCAUCCGCUUGCAGCAAAGCCCGAGGAGCCUCCGCGACCCACCAGGCGCACGGGAUUCUGGGAUAGCUUUGCGUCCAACUGGGCAGCCAAGAAACAGGCCGAAGCUGCUGCGGCCGCCGCCGCUGCUGCUGAGAACGAGGCAGCAACAGGGGAAGGUGAGGAAGGGGUGAUAGAGGCUGGAGGGGCGGAAAGUCAGCAGGAUGGGCAGGUCACUGAGGGAGAGCAGAGUGAAGGGGGAGGAAGGAGCAACAAUAGCUUCUCCAAGUACGUCUCGCUGGGAGGAGGCAACGAGGAUGCGUCUUUCAAAUGGAACUUUGUUACCAGCAAGCUGGCAGAGCUGAAGACCAAGACCAAUUAGAAACAUGGUGGAGGAGAAAGUAAAAGAAAAUAAACAACAUGAGGAGGGUGGUAGAUGUAGGAGGAAGGUAAAUUUUGCAAAGGAUAUCCUGUAACUAAACUGGCGCCUCUUGAAGUCCCUCUGUAUUGUCAGCUAUUAUACGCUCCAGAAAACGUGUGUUCACAGCCACUUUACUACCAAUGGCCUGAUUGCUGGUUGAGACAUAAAAAGAAAAUCAGUGUUGUUGUUUAUUUAUUUUUUUUGUAAUCUUUGGUUCCCCAUUACUUAAAGGUCAGUCUAUUUAUGUAAGAGUAAAGAGGACGUAUAGGUCAUAGGCGACGCUUAACAAAGAGAGCUUCCAUUUCUCUGCCUGCACAGAGCCAGAGGUAGUGUUCAUAUCCCGGACCAGUGAUUGAACUCCAACCACUACUACUUAUGAAAAAAAGUUGCCUGUAUUAAAAGUCACUAUGCUAAUUUAUGAAAUUCUGAAUUAUUUCUGGGAGAUGAGGUGGGCACCCAGACCUGAAUUGUCUCUUUACCAUCUAACCGCAGCACAGAGAAUGCAGUAAGGCAGAAUUUUGGUGACGACCACACUGGUUUAGGCAGCACACGGCAGUGUUUUGUUUUUGCAGUUGUAUGACUACACUUACUUCCCUAAAGUGCUUCUUUCACCACGAACAUGUGCCUCCACACCUGUCAGCAAACUUGAUCUAAUCUGUAGUUUAACAAAAACCGGAUUAAGAGAUUAAAGGCAGUGAUAGCAGGAUUAGACAGGGAUUAUCUCACUUAACCUGUUCAGAGGCCAGCGGAUUAUAGAAAGGUAAUUUGGCAGUGUGAUGUAGAUACUACAUAAUCUUCCGAGUUUCUCUUAAACUUCAGGAAUGCAAAAUGUGGAGCACGUUUAUUUGACACGUAUGUACGCCUGGUGAGAUAAAGCCGGUAAAACCGAUGACUUGGAUUUUGUGAUUGUGACUGAGACUGAAAUGUGUGAGUUUUUUGACUUUUAAAAUGUUGUGAUUUAAAAAAAAUUGACUUAUUAUGGUAUUAUUUCUGUUCUUUUGUGGUUUAGGCCUUAUUCCAUGUUUUAUUCUGCUGUUUUGGGUAUAUAAUAAUAAAGACUAUUGCACUGAAGUUCUUGUAAGGUAUGAACACGUGACUGAAAGAUUUUAACUUUUGAGCAAUAUUGGAAAAAAAUGCAUUCAUUUGCUGAUCUCUGUGAUGGUUGUUUUUAGAAGCUUUGACUCGAACCUUUUUUAAAAAUCUAGAACACGAAAUUCUGCCUCUGGCCAGCAGGGGGUUCUCUUCACCUCUUAAA